AUGGUUCAACAAGUAAGUUUAGUUUCUAGCAUUGAUGAUUCUUCCCUGGCUUUAUGUUUGAAAACAUUAACAGCAAUUUCCAGUACUCCAGCAAUUAAAUUUGAAAAUAUCAAUGUAAUGUAUAAACCAGUAAUACCCAGAGAUAUCGACAUGGAUAAUACAGGUGAAGCUUAUACUCAUGAGCAACAGAAUAGAUUAAAAUUGUCAACUACAACGAACACAACAAAACCCACCACAAUAUCAGGUUUAAUAAAUACACCUGAAAAACUUUGGGCUAUAUCAGCAAGCGAUAUUCCAGCUGCUGGUAAUAAUAGAGAGGUUUCCCUUCAAAAUAUUACUGAAUCCUUAGUUAAUGGCACCGAAAAUGGAAUAAAUGUCUUCAUGACCAGUCUGGGCUUUGAACUAGACUUUUGUUAUAAAUCUAGGGGAUAUAGAAUAUUUUAUCAACCCUAUUUAAUAAUUGAUAUAUAUAAAAUUGAGCAUUAUGGAGAUAUAAACAACCUGUCCACCACUGAUAUUACCUCUGGCGGUUAUUUAAUUAGGGCUUAUUCCAAUGUGGAGCAAGUCACUGAUAUUGAAAAUAUUAAACGAGCCACUACCAGCCUACUACAUUUAAAGAGAACUUUAAGAGGAUAUAUAGAUUUACAAGUUCCUGAUAGACAAGCAAUGGAUUCGAAAAUUAGAGAUUAUUAA